CUCUUUAGACAAACUACCGAGCGUCGGAUGAGUGUGGAGGCUGAGAGCGAGGGAACAUACACAUCUCAUUUAGAUUAAUGAAAGGCUGUGCACUUGGCCGCCGAAUGUUAUGAUCACGCUGUUUGAGGAGUGGCUUUUCUAACCGGAUGAACAAUAUAAUUUCACGAAGGUGGCGCGUUCAGGUCUCUUAUUAUUUCAGCCACUGUGCAAUAUUAAAAUUCCCACACAUUUAAUUCUCUAAAUACAUGGUUUGCAAAUGUAGGAAGGCGAGGACACACCCUGGAGUAAGUGGUACGGGCCUCAAAUGGACUUCACCUACCUGAAAACAUGGGCAAAUUACACUGUGUGAAAUGCUUAUGUUUUCUGGUUAUUUUGUUGGUUAUUUUAAUUGCCGGUUUGUUUGAAUUCAAUUGAUCAUUUAGUAAGAGGGCAAAGGCCAAGUAUUUGCUGAAGUGCAGUUUAUGUUGUGAGUGCAGAGUUGUCUGUUGAGUCUGUGUGUGCGUUUUAGUCCUUGCUUCACCUGCAGGAGGAGCUGUGGCUCGCUGCAGCCUCUCUGGAGCAGAAGAGAGAGAUCCCUCUUUUUCUCCUUCAGUGGCAUGAAUAAUAUCCCCAGUGCUGGAGAGAGAGCACAUCAAGAGGCAAGCGGCAAAGGGAAAGAGAGAUAGCAGCCAGCGUGACAGAUUAGAGCGUGGCAGAACUUGUCUCCCUGACUGACUGCACCGUAGGAGAGAGAGCAAGUGCACCAGAGUGACAGGCUAUAGGCUGCUGGCUGCACACACACACACACACGCACACACACAUACACAGACACACACACACAAAUCCACAGACCCCUCAGCCCAGCUGCACCAGAAGAAGUUCAGAGAGAAGACUGACCUCAAGAAGGUACAGUAUGAGUUUGCGUCUUAACCCUGGGAAUCAUAUCUCUGUAUGUCUGACACAUCAGGAGGAAAUCAGCUGUGUUGCUCCACUUUGUUUUCCAGGUGGUUCGGGGGAAGUUUUGGAUUCACUCGACUGUUAUGGCUUUCCUCACACUGAGGCUUCUCGUCCUGUAGAGGAGUCCUGUGCGUCUCCAGUCGCGAAGCAGAAGUCGUCUCGUGCUGUCAGCCUGAGGGAGGAUGGAGAAGCUGUCAGAAAAGGACAAGGAGCUGAUACGAGGCAGCUGGGAGAGCCUGGGAAAAAACAAAGUUCCUCAUGGUGUCAUCAUGUUUUCCAGACUGUUUGAGCUGGACCCCGCGCUCCCAAGUCUUUUCCACUACAACACAAACUGUGGCUCCACACAAGACUGCCUCUCCAGCCCCGAGUUCCUGGAACAUGUCACCAAGGUGAUGCUUGUGAUCGAUGCAGCGGUCAGCCACCUGGACGACCUUCACACCUUGGAGGACUUUCUGCUCAACCUUGGCAGGAAGCACCAGGCGGUGGGAGUCAGCACACAGUCAUUUGCUGUGGUGGGUGAGUCCCUUCUCUACAUGCUGCAGUGCAGUCUGGGCCAGGGCUACACGGCGCCGCUGCGUCAAGCCUGGCUCAACAUGUACAGCAUCGUGGUAGCAGCCAUGAGCCGAGGGUGGGCCAAGAACGGCGAGGACGAGGACGAAGCCGACUGA